AUGAAGAUCGUCUCACUACGGCGCCACAACCGUAUACGCUCGCCCUAUGAACGAAACCCGUACCGCCCCAUCUCUCGAAUGGAGAUCGAUCUGUGGGACCUUCGUCGAGGGUUCACCUUUGCGCGCGAUGAUGCUCUUCGUUCCGGGCAAUCUCCUAAUGCCGCUGCUGCUCUGGUUCGUGAACAGCACCACACGACGACGUCCCUGAUCAGCGACAAAUCUCAGACUGAUGUGCAGGAGGACACCACGCCCACUGCAGUCAUACACGGCCAAAUCGACACAGACGCAGCCACCGCAAAUGGCAUAGACCACCGAGCUAUCUCCCCUGUCGAGAUUACGCCUGUCAACGUCAAUCACUCUCCCGUUCUUCAGCAAGCCAGUACCGCAUGUGAUGUUUCCGUCGACUCUCAGACUCUUUCAGAGGGUCGUGCCUCUUACGAUGCUGAAGGAUCGAGGUCUCGGGAGCCCACCGUUCAUGCCGUUGCUCAUCCCGACGAGCAGUCUAAGGGCGGGGUCGAUGCCCAGGCCCGCGGUGAAAAAGUGCUCCAGAUUCUCGCGCGUAGUGAGGCGCCCUCUCCCGUCAGAGUUCUCGCAUCAAUCAUCCGUGCAAGUUUGCGCGAUCUGUGUGCAUCUGGAGGCAAGAACGAGCUUGUGGAUGGCGGCCAACAGGUCGCUCAGGAUCAGGGCGGGAUAAUAUCGUCCAAACACAAACUUCGGAAACAUGGGGUUGAGAUGACAUGCUUCAGGUCGAUUGGUGCAUCUAUGCUCUCCACCCCAUCCCUAGACGGCCGUGCGAUGCCCGGUGACGUCUAUCUUCAUAUGGGCGCUGGGACGGCGCAGUUGUGGUACAAGAACUUGGAUGGAGCUUGGGUUACGGCGCAGGCGGGUAUGGAUCAUCCAGCGUAUCCCGACUAUUGCCUCAACUUGUCAUCGGACCUCUGGGGACGCUGGGUACUGAAGAAGACGGUCAGCACGUACAAGGGAAGAGAGAAGGCGAGUUCCUUGUUACCUCUUGGGCUGCGAAUGUUUCGCUUAUAA